CAAUAAUUCAAUAUAAUGUAAUAACCUGCCCCUUUUAACACAGAUUUGAAAUCACAUACGCUAUUGGCUGUAUUGACAACAGCCUUGAUACGUGAUUUAAACUGAAAUUGACUGACUAAUUAAUUGAAGUAUGUUUGUAAUAUCUCAUAGAUUGUCAGCAUCAUCGUCAAGUUAAUUCUAAGUAACACUGUUAUUAUCAUUAUUAGUAUUUUCAUUUAUUAAUUUCUAAAUGUCUGGAUUUUAUAAAAAAGAGACAAUUACAAAUCCUCAAACUGCUGGACGUAAAACAGUUGAUAUAUGCGAUUUAAUUAUUGACUAUGUGACCCAAUUUCCAUUAGCUAAAGAUAUUAAAUCACGGAUUAACUUGGAUGAUAUCCAACUGACUGACAUCGAUUUCACACGUCUUCAAAUUAUUCAUAAAGAAACUGAAUACUUGACUUCACCGAAUUUAACAAAUGGAGAUUUAGAACAGAAUUCAACAGCACCAGCACAACCACCGCCGACAACAACAGUGUUGGCGCCAACAGUAAAAAGGAAUCUUAAAAGUCAUGUCCUCUUUUCAUCUUUAUUUACAAAUAAUACAAGUGAGACACAAACGAAUCAUUUGAGAACAGAACGUCGUACAAGUUCAUCUUGUCGGUUAAGUUUACAAAAAGCUGUUGUCAAGGGAGGUAAUAUAAAUCUGCAGAUUGGACCACCAAGUAUGUCUGUACAAGCCAAUGGUGGUUUUCGACGUGAAGUCACUAUGUCUAAAGAUAUUGAACAAGUAUUUGAAGAAGAACUUAUCUGGACGUUGGAUACAGAAAUAGUUGUCCCGCCAGGAUAUCGUACACGUGCUGAACUAGUCAUAACUGAAGAUGAAUACAAUGGGAAAUUUCAAGUGGAAACAGUCUUUGAAGGUAUAAUCUCUGUUAAAUUACGUGAUAAAAAAGACGGUUCCAUUGUAUCUGUUGUGGUGAUAAAUGAUCUGAGCAAAGUGUUGAAUUCAAAGCAUGGCUUUUAUCAAGUUCCAAAUUCUACCGGUGCUGUCAGUUUCAUUAAUGAAGGUUCAUGUCAUUGUCACUUCGGUAUUGGACAACGUGUUGAAUUACAUGAAGAGAAAAUUUAAUUUAAUCAUGUCAAAUAUAUCUCUCUCAUUUUUUUAUUGCUUCAUUAUAUACAUACAUAUAUAUACUACUGUUAUUGAGCAUAUAAGUAGCAAAAGCAUCAUUUCGAAAAAAACAAUUGUAUUUUCUUUGUCUAUUUAUUUCUCAUUUGGCUCUGAUAAUAAUAUAA